GUUUCAGAACACGCUGGUGUUUGACUGACCACUUCACAUAAUGGCUGAAGCAUGAUCGCCGUUCAUGGUGGCGUUGGUUUUCGUGCUGAUCCCUCUCUUAGUGUAGCAUGCGCUGACGCACUUCGUCAGCCGGAAGUGGAUGUCGUUUCCGCUGUUUCGGCAUUAGAGGAAAACCCGCUUUUCAACUGCGGAUAUGGAUCGAAUCCAACCAUGGAGGGUACUAUAGAAUGUGAAGCUGGAUUUAUGUCAUCUGACGGAUUUAGGUUUGGAGCUGUCGGAGCAGUAUCCCGCUUGAGGAAUCCAAGCAAAGUCGCCAAAGCUCUGGCUACAAAAGGUGGCUACGAGGGUCUCAUUGCUCCUAUGGUUCUCGUGUCCUCAGGUGCAGAAAAUUAUGCCGAGAAGCAUGGUUUUUCUUUGUGCGGUCCUAGCUCACUGCUUGUCGAUAAUGUACUCAAGAAAUGGGAAAAGGCAAAGGCUUCUCUUGGUCAGGUCGAGCCUGUUGAGAAUGCCAGAUUGGAUACCGUCGGUGCCGUGUCGAUUUACGAUAAUGUUGUAGAAGCAUGCACUUCCAGUGGAGGAAUUAUGCUCAAGGCUCCAGGUCGGCUAGGUCACUGUACCAUAUUUGGAAGUGGCAUGUGGACUGAACAACGCAAUAACAGAAGUGUCGGCAUUAGCGUAAGUGGGUGUGGUGAAGCGCUAACGAGAGUCGACUUCUGUAGAUCACUAGCUGAUAAACUGCUGAAUAGAAGCGAUGACGAUCUCCCAUCCGCCAUCGUUAAUUGCUACCUUGAAAGUAACUUCUUGCGAUCUGCAGUGAUGGAGCCGAUUGCAAUGGACAGGAGAUAUGCUGGAGGACUAGUUUUACUACACGAAGAUGAUCGUUAUGAACUAAUUGUGUUUCACAAUACCACAGUGUUUCCAUUUGCCUACAAACGCGGGUCUGUUGUUCGCAAGCGGUUAUCUCAGUUGCCGCAAAGUUCAGGAAUACUUGUAGAAUCUUACUCUUGUUGAGCUUUCAUGGCUUAAACGUUUCAUGUUGCUAUAUUUAUUCACUAUUUCCGCUUUUUCGGCAAAGAGAGCGAGAUAAUUUAGUAAAAUCCAUUACUUAUCCGGAAAGCAGACU